UUCUUCAUCCCAAUGGACACCUACAAACGAUCGCCAUUGAAGCCAUGGAAGAAAGGUCCAACUCGAGGCAAAGGCGGCCCUCAGAACGCUUCCUGCCAGUACCGAGGCGUCCGCCAACGAACCUGGGGCAAAUGGGUGGCCGAAAUACGAGAGCCAAAGAAACGAACCAGGCUCUGGUUAGGCUCUUUCGCCACCGCCGAGGAAGCCGCCAUGGCGUACGAUGAGGCCGCGAGACGACUAUACGGCCCCGAAGCUUACCUUAACCUCCCCCACCUUCAACAAGUCCCGAUUAAUAAUCCGUCCAACAGAUUGCACAAGUUUAAGUGGAUCCCUUCCAAUAACUUCAUCUCAAUGUUCCCUUCUUCUUCUCCUGGUUUGCUCAACAUAAACGCUCAACCCAGUGUUCAUGUUAUUCACCAGCGGCUCCAAGAACUCAAGCAAAACGGGGUUUUGAAACCGAGCUCAUCUUCUUCUUCGUGUGAAUCAAAGACCGUGGUUGGAGAUCAUCGGAUGAAGGAGAAAGGUGUCGAGGUUUCAUCAGAGAAGCCACAGAUUGAUUUGCAUGAGUUUCUUCAGCAGCUGGGGAUAAAGAAGGAUGAAAAAAACCCCGAAGAAUCAGCUGAUAAUGAUAUUGCAGAAAGUUCAACAGCAAUGGAGUCUUCAAUGAAAGAUUACGACGAUUUUGCAGCAUUUGCAGAGAAUAAUUUCAAUUGGGACGCCAUGAUUGACAUGCAUGGAGGAGUUGAGUCCAGCUUCCAAGUUCAUGAUGAUCACACUUAUGAAGAAGAGCUAGCUUUUCCUACUUCUAUUUGGAACUUUUAAAAUAGUUUUAAAUGUUCGUCAAAUCUUUUGUUGAAUCGACAUUUGAGGUUGGAAUAUAAAGAUUUGAUC